CCUUGCCCUCUUUCGCUGGCUGUGCAGCGGUACCGGCGGUUGCGGACAACGUGUUGCGGGACGUGAAACUCGAGUGAACAGCAGAAUGGCUUUCGGCGACCUGAAGUCUGAAGCCGGCGUGAGCAAGCUGAACGACUACCUGGAACAGCGGAGCUACGUCGAGGGCUACCAGCCGUCGCAGGCCGAUGCCAGCACGUACGGCGCGCUGAGCGGUGCCCCGUCGGCCGCCAAGUUCCCGCACGCGGCCCGCUGGUACCGGCACAUCGCUUCCUACUCGCAGUCCGAACGGGCCGCAUUCCCCGGUCCGAAGGGCGCUGCUCCCGCUAAGGCGGCCGACGACGAUGACGACGUCGACUUGUUCGGUUCAGACGACGAGGUUGACGAGGAGGCCGAGAAGGCGCGCCAGGAGAGGCUCAAGGCAUAUGCUGAGAAAAAGUCCAAGAAGCCCGGUGUCGUUGCCAAGUCGAGUGUGGUGCUGGAUGUGAAGCCCUGGGACGACGAGACCGACAUGAAGGAGCUGGAGCGGCUGGUGCGCACGGUCACCUGCGACGGUCACAUGUGGGGCACGUCCAAGCUGGUGCCCCUGGCGUACGGCAUCCACAAGCUGCAGAUUGUGUGCGUCGUCGAAGACGAGAAGGUCAGCAUUGACUGGCUCAUCGAAGAGAUUGAGAACUUCAAGGACCACGUCCAGUCCGUCGACAUUGCUGCCUUCCAGAAAAUCUGAAUUGCCAAUAAACGCUCUUCUUCCAAUGA